AAUUCACCUUUUCUCCUUGUAUAAAGAAUGCCACUCCCACCAUCCCCCUCUCGUUGACAUCAAAACACUCCACUUCAUAAUUUUAUUAUCUCCUCCACACCCUCCCAAUUAUUUUUCCCAACUCACCGGAAACAAUAUAAAUUAAAUUAAAUUAAAUUAAAUAAUUUAAUUAUCAUGCAAGGCGUCAAGCGCUUCCUCCCGCCGUCCGACGGCGGCGUCCGCCUCGAGCUCAGCCCCACCACCGCCUCCCCCCUCGCCCUCGACGUCUCCGAGACCACCGAGACGCGAAUCCAGCGCCUCAUUUCCGAGAACCCCGUGAUUAUUUUCAGCCGAAAUUCAUGUUGCAUGUGCCACGUCAUGAAGCGCUUGCUCUCGACGAUUGGCGUGCACCCCACGGUGAUCGAGCUGGAGGAGGACGAGAUCGGCGCGCUCUCCGCCGCCGUCGACGAGAAUGACCGCGGCGGCGCGGGGGCGCCGGUGGUGUUUAUUGGCGGCGCGCGCGUGGGGGGGCUCGAGAGCCUCGUGGCGCUUCAUCUCAGUGGCCAUCUUGUGGCGAAGCUUGUGGAAGUUGGUGCGCUUGGAGGGAUGAAUAUGGUAUUGUAAUGAAUUUGUGGUAAUUAAUUUGUUUUAAUUAUGGUAUUUAUUUAGGUGAUAAGAAUUAAAAUAAAUUUAGUUUAUGUUAUAUAUGUUUGUUAGAAAAAAAAAUGAAAAAAUCAUGAUCAGAAUGGUUGAUUUUGUGAUUUGGCCUAAUGGGUUUUCACUUGAUCAAUUGUCUUGAUCAUUAGAUGAAGUAUUAGAUUGUAAUCUUGUUUUGUUGUUUUUAUAAUGUUAUAUAGUCUAUG